UACGUUUAGGCGGCACUUGUGAGGUAAAAAAACAGUUAGGUAAACAGUGAGAUAACUUGCAGUUAAACUUUAUUUUAGAAAACCUGACAAAAAAUAAAAUGAAAUAGCAUGAACGCUCUUUGCUAAUGUCGUCGAUCUUCUGCUGCAAGCGUUUCCUGCGUUGCUCUGGAGGGAGAUGGGUAAAGCUCUCGCUGUCAACGGACUGAGGAGAGGGAAGGAGAGGCACUGUCAAUCAUAGAGCUUCACACAUGCAAACAUAUAGCCACGCCUUCAACACCACAAGCCAGACCAAGAACCAGAAGAAAUCGCGUGAAACUGCCGUUCAUGUGGCAGAGGAGACGUAUGGCAGUGUGCCGCACACAUUCGUGUUUCACCGCGGACAGAUCGGGAAAAAUGUCGGUCAGCUGGUGAUGGACAUGAGGAGAGUCAUGGAGCCUUUCACAGCAAAAUCUUUAAAGGUGCGGAAGAAAAACGUCUUGAAAGAUUUUGUUACGGUUGCAGGACCAUUGGGAAUCACACACUUCUCAAUAUUCACCAAGACGGAAAACUCUGUAAACAUGAGGCUUGCACGACUUCCCAAAGGCCCGACGCUGUACUUCCGUGUUGCUAAGUACACACUUGUCAAAGAUGUGGUAUCGUCUUUAAAGAGGCACAGAAUGCACGAACAGCAGUUUACCAAUCAUCCUUUGCUCGUGCUGAAUAAUUUCGGCACAGAGGGCAUGCAUAUCAAACUAAUGGCCACUAUGUUCCAAAACAUGUUCCCUUCGAUCAAUGUACACCAGAUCCAGCUGAACAGUAUAAAGAGAUGCGUGCUGUUGAAUUUUGACCCAGUGUCUCAGGAGGUGGAGUUUCGUCAUUAUAGUUUGAAGGUGGUGCCUGUGGGCAUGAGUCGAGGGGUGAAGAAGCUUAUGCAGGAGAAGUUUCCCAACAUGAGCAAGCUGGAGGACAUCAGUGAGCUCCUUAUGAAAGGGGCAAAUCUUUCAGAAAGCGAGGCGGAGCAGGAUGGUGAUCACAAUAUCACAGAGCUGCCUCAGGUGUACUCCGGUCGCGGAAACAUGGCCUCACAGCAGAGUGCCGUUCGGCUAACCGAGAUCGGCCCCAGGAUGACUCUGCAGCUGGUGAAGAUUUUAGAAGGCAUGGGAGAUGGGAACGUGCUUUACCAUUCCAUCGUUACAAAAACAGAGGAAGAUCUGCAGGAGAUGCUGUUGAGGAAGGAGGCGCGUCUAAAAGAGAAGGCAGAGCGGAGGAGAAAGCAAGAACAGAACGUCGCCCUAAAGAAAGAGAAAUGGGAUGAGAACAAGAAAAGGAGCUUGGAGGGCAUCAAGAGAAAGCGCCAGCAGGAAGGGCAUGUGUCAGACGACGAGGAAGUUGAGGAUCCUGGCAAACAGGAGGACCACGUGCCAGCCGAGGACUCUGAGGAUGAAGCAGAUUAUUACAGACAGGCUGUUGGGGAGGAGCCAGAUGAAGACAUGUUUCCUGCUGCAAAGAGGAAACGGGGCCCUGGCACAUCACACGCACCUUUCAAAAAGAGGAAACUUUCACCAAGAAAGGCUCCUCCCCAAGACAAACCGAAUUUUAAGUCUUCUGGCAGAAGUCCGAACGCUGGAGGAAAACGUUUUGGGGUUAAAAAAGCACCAGAGGGAAAAAACAAGUUUAGAAAAGACGAAGGCGGUAAGAAGUUUGGCAGAAAAGGAGAAAGGGGAAGUAAGUUUGCAGGGAGGAAAUCAGGAGAAGGAGGCAAGAAAUUCGGUUCGCAGAAAACGUUUAAAGGACGUGCUGUUGUGAAACGCCAGAAAGGCCCUGGAGGAAAAAAGGACUUCAAACACAAGAAAGGAAAGAGCUGAAGUAACUGAAAAUGACGAUUGACACCCACGUGAAACUGUUGAUUUAUAUUUAUGAUACAUUACUGAUGUAUUAUCUUCAUGCAAACAUCAGAUGAGUAAUACUGCCUCAUGUCAUACUUGUGCCCUGUAUAAAUGUUUAUAGUUAACACCAAUAAAUAUUUUUCAGUCA